AGGGGGCGACUAGAGGAAGCUGCAAUAAACACACAGGGCGUCUGCGCCUAUCUAAGUAGGACAAUAAAGUGCAAACGGCAUCAAUGCUUUCGUAAUGGAGCUAUCAGACAUGCUUCUCCUCAAAGUUUUCCUCUUCGCCUACUUGCUAAACUACACUCAAGGACACUAUCGGAAUCCCCUCAACAAGUACAUCCGGCACUAUGAAGGCCUUUCCUAUGACACGGAGCUCGUUCACAGCAAACAUCAGAGGGUCAGAAGGGCACUCUCUCAUGAAGACCAGUUUCUUCAUUUAGACUUUCAUGCGCAUGGAAGGCAUUUUAAUUUACGCAUGAAGAGAGAUGCAACCUUGUUCACCCCUGAUUUGAAGGUGGAUAUUUCAGGAGUAGAAUCAACCUAUGAUACCUCUCACAUCUACACUGGAGAAAUCUACGGUGAGAAGGGUACCCUGGCUCAUGGCUCCGUCGUGGAUGGUAAAUUUGAGGGCUUCAUUCAGAGUUACCACGGCAACUACUACGUGGAGCCUGCUGAGAGAUACCUGGAGGGCAAAGACGUGCCUUUCCACUCCGUCAUGUACCACGAAGAAGACAUACAUUACCCACACAAGUAUGGCCCAGAGGGAGGCUGUGCUGAUAGCACGGUGUUUGAGAGGAUGAAAAAAUAUCAAGCAUCCGCUGUAGAGGAGCCGUCCAAGGCACUUCAGACCGGCCUUAAUGACUCUGUGAUGCUAAGGAAGAAAAGGAUGGCCCAGGCAGAGAAAAACACUUGCCAGCUCUUCAUUCAGACUGAUCACCUCUUUUACAAGUACUACAAGACCAGAGAGGCUGUCAUUGCUCAGAUCUCCAGUCAUGUUAAAGCCAUUAAUGCCAUCUACCAGGGCACAGACUUUUUAGGGAUUCGUAAUAUCAGCUUCAUGGUAAAAAGAAUCAGGAUCAACACCACCAGUGACGAGCGGGACAAAUCCAACCCUUUUCGUUUUGGCAACAUCGGGGUGGAGAAGUUCCUAGAGCUGAACUCUGAGCAGAACCAUGACGACUACUGUUUGGCAUAUGUUUUCACAGACAGAGACUUUGAUGAUGGUGUGCUGGGUUUGGCCUGGGUGGGAGCCCCCUCAGGGAGUUCUGGAGGGAUCUGUGAAAAAAGCAAGCUGUACUCUGACGGAAAGAAGAAGUCUCUCAACACGGGAAUAAUCACCGUACAGAACUACGCCUCACAUGUACCUCCCAAAGUCUCCCAUAUCACCUUUGCGCAUGAAGUAGGGCACAACUUUGGCUCCCCGCAUGAUUCUGGAUCCGAGUGCACCCCCGGAGAGUCCAAGAGUCAAGACAAAAAGGAGAAGGGCAAUUAUAUUAUGUAUGCGAGAGCUACGUCAGGCGACAAGCUAAACAACAACAAGUUCUCCAUCUGUAGCGUACGCAACAUCAGCCAGGUGUUGGAGAAGAAGAGAAGCAACUGUUUUGUCGAAUCUGGCCAGCCCAUCUGUGGAAAUGGCCUUGUGGAGCCGGGAGAGGAGUGUGACUGUGGCUACAGUGAUCAGUGUCGGGACCAAUGCUGCUACGACGCCAACCAACCUGAUAACAAGAAGUGCAAAUUAAAACCCAGCAAAGUCUGCAGUCCCAGCCAGGGACCUUGUUGUACUGCUGAGUGCACCUACAAAGGUCGCAAUGAGAAAUGCAGGGACGAGUCCGAGUGUGCUGAACAGGGCAUGUGUAAUGGAGUGAGCCCCCAGUGCCCGUCGUCCGAGCCCAAGGCCAACUUCACUGCCUGUCAUGGCGAGACUCAAGUGUGCCUCAAUGGAGGCUGCUCGGGCUCCAUCUGUGAGAAAUAUGGACUUGAAGCGUGCACAUGCGCCAGCCAAGAGGGUAAAGAUGAGACGGAGCUUUGCCACGUGUGCUGCAUGGAAAAGAUGAACCCCAACACGUGCAGCAGUACUGGGUCGGCGCGUCUGGCUGGUUUCUUCCAUAAGAAAGUGACCACCCUGCCAGCUGGCUCGCCUUGCAAUGACUUCAAAGGUUACUGCGACGUGUUCAUGAAGUGUCGUCUGGUGGAUGCAGACGGACCUCUUGCUCGGCUCAAGAAGGCCAUCUUCAACCCAGAGCUCUAUGAGAACAUUGCGGAGUGGAUUGUGGCCCACUGGUGGGCAGUGUUACUGAUGGGCAUUGCUCUCAUCAUGCUGAUGGCCGGCUUCAUUAAGAUCUGUAGCGUGCACACACCCAGCAGUAACCCCAAACUCCCUCCUCCGAAGCCGCUUCCAGGUACUCUGAAGAGGCGGCGAGCGCAGCAGCACGCAAACUCCCAGGUGCAACACCAGUCUCAGCACGGAGGCCACGGCGGCCACGGUGCUCAUGGCGGCCAACGACAAGUGCAGAGGCAGCCUCAGCGGCAGGCACAGCACCAACGGCACCACCGUCAGCAAAGAGAGAACUAUCAGAUGGGCCAGAUGAGACGCUGAGACCACCACAAACCUCCACCUCCCCCCCCUCGCCAACCGCCCCUUACCAACCCCCGCCCGUCCCCCAAUGCCUUGGCUCCUCCUUGUGCCUACAGUGGGAUAACUAAAGCGUCACUCCAUCCAAAGAAAAGCCUGACAUGGUUGUUGGUCACCAAUGUAUUUUCCAUCUUGACAGACACACGAAGAAGAGAACAUCCAGCAGCUUCCUUCUGGCUCUUUUGGAGAGUGGGACCGUCAGCCAUUUGAAAAUGCCGCGCAAAUCUCGCUUCUUUUUUCCAUCUUCAUUUGAUUUUAGUUUGGUUUGAAAGGAGUGCCAAGGAGUAAAAGGAAUCAUCUGUAGCUUUAGUACACUUUGUGAUGUGUUUUGGUUCUAUUGCAACGUCGUCUUCAGUGACACGCCUGUGGCUGCCGGUGAAUUUGUCCGUGCUUUUCUCGCACCAUUCUAGCCCGAAAUGACACAGAGAGCAAGCGAGAGAGAGAGAGAGACACUUGGCGGGGAUUGGCGGCACUUUUGUGAUUUUUCCACAUGUACAAACAGCAAAAGACACAUGCUGCUGCCGUCUCUCUUGUGCAGACAGUCUCCUGCAUGUGACUGUACAUAUUUAGUGUAUCAUAAGUGAAAACGAACUAUUUCUUCUACUGUAAAUGUGUAAUUCUUCACUCUUUUUUUUUUUCGUUUUAAUUUUUUGGUUAGCGCUCUCAGGACUUUUAACACACAAGUAAAGGAAUGAUGGUCGCUAAGAGCUCUGUGGAUGUUGUCGCAGACGAUCUGAUGCUCUCAGGUCCUCUCUGCGGUCGUCCAAUCAGGUGGAGCUCUUUUCACUUUGGGUUGCUUGAUUGAUUUUGAAUUUGACCAACAGUCAGCAUAUCACCCCCUUUUUUUUUUUUGAUGGGUCUUUUUACUGUUUGAUUUCUUGCUAACAUGUUGCUUGUGUUGCGUGACAAGCAACACAAAUGGGAAGAAAAGUCAACCACCUUGCUUGUUACACCCCCUUCUUCUCCAUUUUACCAGUUUAAUUUAGCUAUAUGAUGAAUGAAUAACCACUAACUGAAGCGUAUGCUGAGGAGAAAGGACGGUGAUGGUUGAUGUGGCUUAGUUUAGAAGUGAGUGUGGAAAUAAAAAUGGUUCAGUGGACGUGUGUUAAAAAAAAAAAGACGACAACAUAGGCUUAAGUCAUUCUAUUGUUCCUCAAAUAGCAAAUCUUUUGUGGGCAUGCAGAGGCAUUAACUUAAUGUGACUAUUAAUUGACCAUGGUCUGUAAUAUGAGUCUCAACACGUAUUUUACUUUUGACAACUCUUAAUGUGAAAAUAAAAGAAAGGAGGAGGGCUUGUUGAGGCACUAAUUUCACACUUUCGCACAGCUUGCUAGUUCACCAUCCUGGAUAGUCCGUUUGCAUCAGCGUGCUCUAAGCGUUGACCUCUUUGUGCACCUGUAUGAAGGAUGACCUUAGGUCUGACCUUCUUUUUACGUGAUGACAUUUGAUUGAUUAGAUCCUGUCAUCUUAAGGCAUGAUUCAGCCGGCUUUGGUGAGUAUAAUACUUUCACACUAACAAUAAAGCACAUUAUUUUGCAUUAUAUAUUCCAUGCAUUAUUUUCUCCCCCCCCCCACACACCCUGUCAGGCCAGACUUGAGAUUUAUUAUUGUUCUGAGUGCAUGCAGUUGGAAUCACAACUACCGGUAAUAGAACACUGUCCUGAUGCUCACAUUUGAAUAAUCCCCGAAAAGGACAAAUUAUCAGAAUUCAUGUCACAAACGACAUAUGAAUCAGGCUUGUUAUGUCUGUACAAAUAAAAGAAUUUUAACAUGUAAACUUGUACAGUACUUCGGAAAUUUGAAUUUCAUUCAAAACCCAGUCACAUUUUGAUACGUGUUGAUUUUUUUUGUAUUCCAUUACAAAGAUGUUCAUAUGUGACAAAACCAUCCUCUUAAGUUAUUUAUGUAUUUGUAUUUGAACUGGACUUCUGAUAUUUUCCUCCACUGUCAUCAAUGAUUAUAUAUAAAAAAAAAAGAACAAUUGAGUGUGAUGGAUAUAAUUUGACAUUUUCAUUUUCUUUAUUAUCCUGUGGCAUGGUUUGGCUAGAAGAGCAGAAGCAUAAUGCCUGUAAAUUUACUUUCCUUUUUCAUUUUGUAGUCUUGGUAAAAGUUUUUAGAGAAACAUGCACUGCAAUGUCCAAAUUGAUUUUUUUUUUUUGAAAUGUUGUAGGUAAUGUAGGCCGAAAGAACACAAGAUUAAAAAGUAAUACUACUGUCAUGAUUUUAAUGUUCACUGUGUUUUAUACAGUAUUGGAAAUUUUUGUUCACUUUGAACAUUUUUACUAAAAACAAAAAAAGUCCAAUUGUAUUGUGCAAAGAGAUGUAAUUUUUGGAGUACUUGAACUGCAUUAAUUAAGCGACUCAUUCAAUAAAAUAGACCGCUGUUUACUGUC